CUUAUCAAGGAGAAAGGAACUCCAUAAAAUUCCUGAAGUUCUAUCCCCUUCCCUUCCUUCCUUAAUUUCAGUUAUUACCGGCAAAAAUAGAGGGAUCUCAUCUCCCUGCCCUCACCAAUCGCCGGUUGACGCGAAAUCUAGCCUGGGCGUCGACAUGGCAGAAUUAAAGAAACUCCAGGAGGAUCUCACCGCCACAAUGCAAAAGGUUGACACCCUUACUGUCACUGUGAAUUCCCUGAUCGAUGUUGUGAAUAAAUUUGGUAGCCAUGCCAAAGUAAUGGAAACUUUCAUGGAGAAAAACAACCCUACUGCUCAGGUUACCUCUUCCACAACACACACGAUAGCUGUCUCUUCCACCGCCGUCGAAACUGAUGAAGCACUUCGUAUUAAUGUUGAACGAAUGAGACCAGAUUCGUUGGAUGAGGCCAGUCCGAGAUUAUGCCCGCAAAGGCCAACUGUUGCACACUUCUUCAGUCAAUCGACAGGCUCACACAUUCUCCCCAGGAUCUGCAAUCACCAUCCAAUAGUCCAACCAGUCUCGCCCUGCCCGCAUCAAGAGAUUGUCACCAACAGAGAUGCUAGAGCGCCAAAAGUUGGGGCUUUGUUACUAUUGUGAUGACAAAUGGAUCAAAGGCCAUCUUUGUAAACACCAAUUGUAUAUGUUAGGUGUUGUUGAUGAUGAGGCAUAUGAGGAAGAUGAUGUGGGCGGUGACAGAGAGUCGGAAAUUUCCCUGAAUGCCAUAACAGGCCUUAACCAUUCACACAUGAUGAAGGUUUGCUUAAUCAUAGCGGGCAACCCGAUACUUGCUUUAUUCGACACCGGCAUCACCCAUAACUUUAUCAACAGCGCCACCGCGCAACGUCUUCAACUACCUAUCACUUCAAAAACAGGCCUCCAAGUUGCAGUUGCUAAUGGGAAACGCGUGCCUAGCUCCGGUUUUUGCCACCAAGUUCUUUUACAGUAUGAGAAAUUAUCCUUUCUCACCACCUUGUUUGUCAUCCCCCUGGAAGGUGUCGAACUCAUCUUGGGCGUUAAAUGGAUUCGUACAUUGAGCCCCAUUUGGUAGAACUUUGAACUUGUAUGUGGAAGGGUGAAAGAGUUGCCUUAUCCGCGAAGCAUGAUACUACCUUUUCAUCCCUCCAUCACCCCCGACCACAGUUGACUGAGACUGCUGCACUCGAUUCACUACUCUCUUCAUUUGAAACUACUUUCUUGGCACAAGUGGUACUCCCUCCUCAACGUCAUUGUGAUCAUCGCAUUGUGCUCUCAGUUGGUACAGAUCCUGUGGUUAUUCCUCCCUAUCGAUACCCUCAAUUGCAGAAGGAUGAAAUUGAACGACAAUGCACAAAAAUGAUUCAAUCGGGUAUACUCCGCCACAUCACAUCACUCUUUUCUUCUCCAGUCUUACUGGUUCACAAAUAAGAUUCCUCUUGGCGCUUUUGUGUGCAUUAUCGUGAACUGAAUGCGCAGACAAUUAAAGAUAAGUUUUCGAUUCUGAUAAUUGAUGAGCUUUUGGACGAAUUACAUGGUGCCAAAAUCUUCACUAAACUCGAUUUACGAUCUGGCUACCAUCAGAUUCGUAUGCAUACAACUGACUUUGAGAAAACCGCAUUCGGACCCAUCAUGGGCAUUUUCAAUUUCUUGUGAUGGCCUUUGGCCUCUGCAACGCCCCAUCCACGUUCCAAGCUCUCAUGAACGAGGUAUUUGGUCCUUAUCUCCGAAAAUUUGUGCUCGUAUUUUUGAUGACAUUUUAAUCUAUAGCACUACGUGGGUAGACCAUGUCCAUCAUCUAAAAGUGGUCUUUCACCUCUUACAAACAAAUUCUCUGUACCUCAAAAGAUCCAAGUGUGACUUUGGGAGUCAACGUGUCUCAUAUCUUGGGCAUGUGAUUGAUGAAUCUGGCGUGGCAGCAGAUUCUAGCAAAAUCCAAGCUGUAGUGGACUGGCCCAAACCCAUUUCAGCAACUGCUUUACUUGGCUUUCUUGGCCUGGCAGGUUUUUACCGCAAGUUUAUUAAAGAUUAUUGCAUCAUUGCAACACCAUUGGCCAACCUCCUACAUCGCAAUGCAUUCCAGUGGAAUGAGCAAACAGAUGAUGCUUUCAAUACCCUGAAAACAACACUAUCGUCUGCCUUGGUUCUACAACUUCCCAACUUUUCUAUUCUUUUUGUCAUUGAAUGUGAUGCCUCGGGCAUUGGAAUUUGUGCAGUGCUGCACUAGGAAAGUCACCCCGUUGCAUAUUUUAGUAGGAAUUUGGCAGAUCAUCAUCUCAAACUUCCAGCAUAUGAGCGAGAAUUAAUUGGCUUAUCAAAGGCUGUGCGACAUUGGCGCCACUACCUAUGGGGGGUGCUCCUUUGUGAUCAAAACAGAUCAUUAUCAUCGCAAAAAAAAGAUCAUUAUAGCCUCAAGUAUUUGCUGCACCAACGCCUUACCUCUUCCCCUCAACAACAUUGGAUGAGAAAGCUUCUUGGGUUUGAUUUUUUUGUGGAAUAUAAACCAGGAGAACUUAACAUGGCAGCUGAUGCAUGGUCUUAAAGAGAUGGAGAACUGAGGGAUGAACUUCGCACUUCACCGGAUGCACUAGCUUGGUUGCAGCUGGCUGAGAGACAUAGUUUGUACUCUGUCCGUGAUGGUUUGUUAUUCAAGAGGAACAAAUUAUUCUGCUACCUUCCUCAAAAAUUCAUCCAGGCUAUAUUGGCAGAGGUACACAACUCUACUCAUGAAGCAGUGCAGAAAACCAUUCAUCACCUUUGCCGAGAAUUUUGUUGGCCCAAACUUGCAGCCUCAGUCAGGGAAUUUAUCGCACAAUGUGUUGUUUGCCAAAGAAAUAAGUGGGAAAAUACCAAUCUUGCAGGCCUUCUUCAGCCUCUUUUUAUCCCACAACAAAUUUGGGCUGACAUCUCUAUGGAUUUUGUUGAGGGUCUUCCCAAGGUUCAAGGAAAAUCAGUCCUCUUGGUGGUGGUUGAUCGUCUGUCUAAAUAUACACACCUCAUUCCUCUAGCUCAUCCAUAUACAGUAGCCUCCGUAGCCAUGGUCUUCUACACCAACAUGAUCAAAUUGCAUAGCAUUUCAGAGACCAUUGUCAGUGACCGUGAUGCAACCUUCACAAGUUCCUUUUGGCGUGAACUCUUUCGAUUAUGUGGUACCAAACUCUCAUUUUCCACUUCUUAUCACUCUCUGUCUGACGGCCAAACAGAGGUUGUAAACCGCACUAUAGAAAUGUACUUGCAUUGUCUAGUUGGCGAUCUUCCAAGGCGCUGGGUGGAUAGCUUACCAUGGACUGAGUAUUGCUAUAAUACAUCAUUUCAUUCCUCCUUGUGCAAUACUCCCUUCAAGUUGGUCUAUGGUCGUGACCCACCUCGCCUCUUACCAUUUGAACCAAGGACUUCUAAGGUGGCUGCGGUGGAGGAAUUGCUCAAAUCUCGGGAUGAAAUCCUCAUGGCUGCUCGACAUAAUCUCCAACAGGCUCAAACCCGAAUGAGGGAUCAAUAUGAUAAGCACCAUCAUGAGGUCACUUAUGAACCCAACUAGUGGGUUUGGGUACGUCUUCAAUACUAUCGCCAACAAGCUAACUCGCCAGCGAUUUCACAAGUUAUCUCCCAAAUGGUAUGGACCUUUUAAAGUUUUGCACAAGGUUGGACCAGUUGCUUAUAAGAUUGUGUUAUCUGUGGAUUGUCGUAUUCAUGACGUUUUUCAUGUUUCAAAACUGAAAGUGUUUGUGGGAAGUCCACCUGAUCAUGCACCGCUAGCACCCCCAAUCACAUAAGCUCGACUAUUCCUUCAAUCUGAAGCAGUUGUGCGCAUCAGAUAAAAUCGAGGCUUUCCUAAAGUUUUAGUUGUUUGGAAAGGUUUUACUUUGGAAGAGGCUACUUGGGAACCUCUGCACGAUUUUAAACAUCAGUUCCCAUCUUUCAAGCUUGAGGACAAGCUUGAUGUCCCGAAGGGGAGUGAUGAUGCAUUCUACGGAAAGACCUAUCAUCGCCGCAAUAUCAAUGGCAGAUCCUUGGCUGAUUAAGAAGUUCAUUAUGGAAGGAUAUUAAAUUCCUUUACAUUAGAUUUCUGAUUUAUUGUUUGAUUGCUUUCCUUCAUUAGAUUAGUUAAUUACUUUCCUUAGUUAAGUUUGUCUGCAACUUUAUUGCUUUCCAUCAUUAGAUAAGUCUAUUUUAAGAACUGAUUUAAUGUGAUUCUAUCCUUCCUUACUGGUUCUUGUAACCCUUACUGAUUCAAUUUGAAUAAUAAACAAGCCAGAAGAAUUAA